AUGGCCCAAGACGCGGGCAGAAUUCCCGCCUGGCGGAGACUGGGUCUCGCCCUCAAGAACCAAGAGCAGGCCGGAGUCGCCGUGUCUGAAAAUCAAACUCCUUCCAAUGCUCCACAGCAAUCUGCCUUAGGCAUUGAGCUGGAUGGAAGCGGUCAGGCGGCCAAGCUUGGCAAGCGGAAACACCAAGAUGAACCCCAUCAUCAAGAGGCCAAAAAGAGCCGGAUCGCUAUUGCCGACAUCCAAAUCAACCAAAAUACGUCCAUUGAACCUCCUGAGACUGUCCUGGAGAAAGCCCCAGAGACGGCAAAACCUACCAAGGGAGAUUCCAACUAUCGGAAGAAGAAGGAAAAGCCAGCUAAACGCCCAAAAGCAACUAAAGACGCUCAGCAUGCUGGCUUCCAGCCGCACUCCCAGCCCAGCCGUGCAUCACCUGCGACUGCAACAGAGCGCCCAACUUUACUUGCGUCCACUGAGACAAAUAGUGCAGACCAAGUUGCGACUCCACAAAAACCUCUGGUAAAGCAAAGCCGCAAAGACCCCUCAGCCUCACCGCGGAAAUCUGUUGCCUUUACCCCAGACACUAAAAAGUCCGACGGCAAUACCGGACAGGAUUACUUCAAAGCCUGGGUCGCGUCACAGAAAGGCACUGGAGAGGUGUCUCAGCCACCAGAGGUCUCGAAUUUUGUCCUGCAUGCAUUGAUUGCCGACGAAGAGAAGACGGCAAGGAAGAACGGACAGCUCGAGAAGAAGCAGGAAAGCGAGCAGACUAGACUAGCAAAAAAGCCAUCACCUCAGCCCGCAAAGGCUGAGAAAACCACCCCCGAACAGGACGAGACAAAGCUGGAAAAGUCAAAGCCUAACGCCGAACAAGCCACCUCACAAACUGCGCCCACGGCAAAGGGUAAGAAAAAGGAUCCAUCCGUCUACAUUGCUUAUCUCACCCAAUACUACAAUGACCGAAGCAACUGGAAGUUCAACAAGGCCAAGCAGAAUGAUGUUGUUGACAAUGCUUUGAACAUUUUCCGGAUCCCGAUGGAACAUUCUGAAGCACUGGCGACAUAUAUUGCUGGCCUUCAAGGAGCAGGUGUUAUUGACCGCCUGCGUGAGCGCUGCCACGCGACACUGGACGACCUUGACAAGCAAGACGCAAAAAUGGACGAUGAAGAGGCCCGCAAAGUAGCUCAGGAGGAGGCAGAGCAGGAACGCAUCGCCAAGGAAAGAAAGAGAAGGAAGACUGAUGGUGAUCUAGCCGCCUUUGCAGAACAUCCGUAUAGCCCCGGUUUUAUUAGAAGACUCCAGCGACGCCGAGCUGAGGCGCUUCUGAACGCUUUAGGACGCACUGCACCAGUUAUGGCACCACCAAAGCCCAUUAUAAAUCCGCUGAUGCAGCAAGUCAAGCCCGAGCCACCGAAACCAAACGGGCGAAAACGCAAGCGGAGAACCGAAAUCUCAAGUGACGAGAGCAGUUCGGACAGUAGCGAUGACAGUUCGAGUUCAGAUUCAGAUUCAGACUCAGACUCAGACUCAGAUUCCGGUUCUGCAAAGGAUGCCGCUAGCUCCAGUGACGACAUUGAUAGUGGGAGCGAUAGCAGCAGCAGUGACUCGUCCAGCGAUAGUGAUAGCGACUAG